AUCUGCCGCACAGUGCAGGUUCUUAUAGUUGUAAUCAAAGGGGAUUGAGAUCAGCAUUUGUCAACUUAUCACAUAGAGACACACAAUAAGUCACCUCUGUGGUUAAUUGAACCAUAAUAUGGUGGAGUAUUUUUGUAAGAAAUUCAAAUAAGAUUUUAAUUUUUGUAUGGUAUUACAUCUGAGGGCAACAACAAUUCAGCAAUGACUGUUGCUAACAGCAGGUCCACGCACCUCAGCAAAUUCCGAAUAAAAAAAAACAUGUAGAAACCAUAAUUUAUUGGGCGGUUUAGUGUUAAUAUGUUGUUAUUUAUCUUUUGCUUUCGUCAACUUUAUAAUCAGACGGUGAGUACAGGAAUUUUUAGUCAGCGGGUUUUUUAAUUACUGCAACAACCUGGCAGUGGGUGGAAUCUUCACUGAUCCGGCGGAGACUUGUUUGUUAGUUAGUAUUUCGUGAGUACUGGGUAAGGAGGUGGGUUGUAUUGACUUCGAGCGCAGCGUCCUUAACACAUAAGCGAAGUAUGUCUUAUUUUUGCACUAGACCACGCCAGAGUUUCCAGGAAAAACACUCAGAGAACGGUGUAAAUUGGUGAAGAGAUGUGAAGAGAGAGUAUUCGCAGGGCACGCCAAAGAUACGGUUAUAUGAAAACAUAUAUAAAUGGGUGUGGGAGAGAGAGAGAUUGCGCUUUGGCCAUUACGAGGAUCUCAUGCAGCGAAUAUUCAGGGAUUGCGCCACGAGGAGCCGAGGCAAUCAAUACGAGAUGCUGAAAAUCGGAAUUUAUUUUGAAUGCUGAUGUUUUCAUGAAAUCACGGAAAUGUCAGCUUCGACUGUCGUGUUGAGAAUUGUUCUGAUCUGACGGUAAAACGUAUCACCCGCGCAGUCGGGAUCAGGAUUAAGCGCAGAGCGUUGCUGCGGGGCGUAAUCAGUCCACUAGACAUUUGAUCAACAGUGCUUCACUUCACGUUUUUACCAUUGAUAAACAAGGCGUGGUCAGACCAGACCUGAGAAGUUAAACACCAACAGAACCAGACGAGAUAUUUACUGCCAUUUGUAUUCGUAGAUGAUCCAGUUAUGAACUAUUCGGAUUGGCAGAAGAACAGUUCAAAGGGCCCUAAUGGCUCAGCAUUUCAAGAAGAAGAUAUAACAAAUUGCUGGAACUGUCUUUCGCCAACCUCACAAAACUACAGAGCGAUAGUGAGCAGCCUGGGAAUACUGUGUAGUCUUCUGCCCGCCAUCAUCCUAUCUCGCAGCAAGCACCUGCGGAAGUUCGCAAUCAGCCAGUACCUGUCGGCUAAAUGUGCAGUGGACAUAGGGUUUCUGUCUGCGUCCACACUGCAAUGGCUGCCCACUGUCCAGCCAGACAUCAACAUCCCAGAGGGCGUCUGUCAGAUCAUCGUGUACACGUCCUAUACCUGCAAUAUGUUGUCAGCCUGGUACUUGUGUGCAGCCAUAACCUCCACAUAUCUCAGCCUCAGUCGCCAGCCGAAGUUUAACAAAACAUGCAGCACUUUCAGGAGUAAAUGCUACAUCACAGUGCUGGCGGUGAUGGCCGUCAUACUGAAUCUUUACUGGACGUGGAUGUCCGGGAAAAAUCGUCAUCUUUGUGUCCCAAUGUUUUACUACCAUUCGGAUUUUUUAUCAAUCAUGGUAAAAGUGGAAUUGGCGAUAGUAAUCGUAAUCCCAGACCUUCUGAUGAUUGGUUUGACUGUGUUGUCAGUAUACUUUCUCGUUAAAAAGAAACUAUCCGCGGCGAAUAAAAGACCAAGCAGCGUGGGACUGACAACAAACAGUCGUUGCCAAUCUAAAGAAUCAGUUGAAGACAACCACGUUGGAAUCGACGAAUCUGAGAAACGACUCAAGAUUGUACCCCAAAGAGGCCUAAUUAACGUUGCCUUACUCGUGACAGUGUUGUAUCUAAUUAUGUCAUUGCCUUGGCACGGAGUCAGACUGAAGACGGAAGUCACGUACCCAGCCUCGGAGUCAGAAAGAUUCAUAGACUCCUGGCUCCAUCUUGUCAGUCUGACUCACUACGCCUUAAAUGUUAUGCUGUUCGUCGCGGCCUCCAAACGGUUUCGUCUUGGUCUAUGGGACUGGUUUUGCAAUUGCAGGUGCGGAGGUCCUUUGACCAAAGCCCCACAACGUGAGUGGACAGUGGUCAAUCAGACAGUGACGGAAUCACACUGCGCCGAUACGAAAGAUGAAUGCGUUUCUACUGUUUGAAAAAUGCCAUCAGAAACCGUCACAGGAAGUACCGUACGGCAGGGUUGACAUUCCAAACGGGUGUCACUUUGACAUGUGUUCUGCGUUGCGUGUAAGAUUUAAAAUCAAUAGUUAGGUUUGUCCACAUUAAAUGUCAUCUCAGCAUACACACUAACAAAUAGACAUGGGACAUCUAGUACAUAUCAAACCUUACCGCAUGAACACAAGUAAGUCGAUAUCCAAAAUACUUUCAUAACGCUGAAAUAUGCGCUUAUUGUGAAGUUACAAAUACCAUUGUUAAGCCCUUUGUUAGGGUGGUUUUAAUAGUUGCUGAUCGAUUUGAUUCAGUGCCACGGGAUUAAAGAAAAAACAUUUAUGGCAACCAUUUGAAAUAUGGGUUUGUGAAAACGUUUAAGAUACUAAUUGAUAUUUAUAGCCCUAGAUAUUUCAAGCACGGAUUAUGGCAGUACUCUUUGAAAUUGAUUUUGAUAUUGCAACAAUGUCCUAUAUUGCACCGGAUUGUAUCCUACCAAAUGCCUGUUUAAGUCUUCUUCCCAAAUUGCGUUAUUUUACGAAGCUCAAUACCAUCUUUCAACAUUAUUAGAAAUUUCUCUCUCUCUCUCUCUC